AUGGCAGGUUGGAAAUGGGUGAGGGGAUUCCUGAAGCGCAAUCCACGAAUUUCUUUGCGUAGUCCAGAAAGUACAUCAUUAGCUAGAGCCCAGGCUUUUAACAAUGCCUAUUUCAAUGCACUAUCUAACACUCUGGAGCAGUACAACUUUCCUCCCGAAAAUAUAUUUAAUAUGGAUGAGUCAGGUUUGACUACGGUCCAAAAGAAAUGUCAAAAAAUUUACGCUUCAAAAGGUCGGAAGCAAGUUGGUGCACUCAGCAGUGCAGAGCGUGGGCAGCACGUGACCGUAGUGUGCGCAAUGAAUGUCAUGGGCACUUACAUCCCUCCUGCUCUUAUUUACCCUCGUCAAAGGAUGAACGAUGAGCUUAUGAACGGUGCUCCCGUUGGUAGCAUAGCUUUCGUACAAGAAAAAGGUUGGAUGACCAGUGAAAUUUUUUGUAGAUGGCUAAAGCAUUUCGUGAAGUAUACGAAAGCAUCUAAUAACAAUAAGGUUCUUUUGCUCCUAGAUGGGCACAGUAGGCAUAAGAGUCUCGAAUCUCUUCAGUUUGCAAAAGAAAAUGGGUAUGAAGAAUUAGAUAAUGAAGCCGUAGAUACCUCCAAUAAUGAUCUUAAACCUGAAUGGAUAGAAUUAUGGAAUAAACGUUUGAUUCGAUUGAGGACUGACGAAUUGAGAUGUAAUAAGCAUUAA